AUGCUUUUCUUCUUGUCACUCGCUUUACUUCUGUUUGGCCAGUCUCUGGCGGCCUUCGUUCCCAGCGCUGAGCUUGUCCAAGUCCCCAACGACUUCGUUCGAAGACAAGCUUCCCAAACCAGUAUCAGCUCAGCUACUACGACGAAGAAAGCAGACUCACAAUGCACGAACGGGCCGCAGACCCGUCAAUGCUGGGGCAAUGGCUUUAGCAUUGCUACCAACUACGACAGCACAUGGCCCAACACUGGUGUGGUCGUCCCAUAUCACUUGGAAAUUACGAACACCACAAUGGCUCCAGAUGGUGUUCCCAGAAGAGUUUAUUCAAUCAACAAUCAAUACCCUGGCCCUACAAUUCGAGCGAAUUGGGGAGAUACUCUCCAAAUCACCGUCAAGAACAGCCUUACCACCAAUGGCACCAGCAUCCAUUGGCAUGGUGUACGACAAUGGUAUUCGAACCAUAUGGACGGCACGAACGGCGUGACGGAGUGCCCUCUUGCUCCUGGAGAAACUCGCACAUACACAUUUCUCUGCACCCAGUUUGGUUCAACCUGGUAUCACAGCCACUAUAGCGACCAAUAUUCUGAUGGAGUCGUGGGCACAUUGAUCAUCGACGGCCCUACAACCUCGAAUUAUGAUGUUGAUCUCGGUGCCUUUCCAAUCAACGACUGGUUCUACCGACCUGCUUUCGAGAUUGCUCCAUUGAUCCAGAACGCCGUCUUGCGUGGGCCCCCACCGGGAGACAAUAUCCUCAUCAACGGGACAAACGUCAAAGUCAACGGCACUGUAGGCCAAUACAGUAGGACCACUCUGACCAAGGGUAAGAAAUACAAGCUACGCCUCGUUAAUAUGUCCACCAACGACAACUUCAAGGUCGGCCUAGAUGGGCACAACUUCACCGUUGUCACGGCAGACUUCGUUCCCAUCGUGCCCUACAGCACACAAUGGCUUCCCAUAGCGAUCGGACAGCGCUACGACGUCGUUAUCAAUGCCAACCAACCGAUCGACAGCUAUUGGUUCCACGUUGUCCCUCAAGCCGGCUGCAGUAACAACCUGAACAAGAACGCACUUGCGAUCUUCACCUACAGCGGCGCCGCGUCGAGCACGCCGUCCAACGCGACACGCUCCAACGCACCCGCCGGCGCCCCCGACUGCAAUGACCCGAACAAGAAUCUGAUGCCGUACGUCAAGCUCGACGUGCCGGACAACUACACGAUCCCGCAAUCCUCAGUACUCGAUGUCGGCUUUGCCAUUGUCCAGAACACCGCCAACCAGACAAAAGUCCAAUGGAACCUGAACUUCACAGCUAUCCAGGUCCCCUGGGGCGCCCCUACGCUGCAGUACGUGCUGAACAACAACACCAACUACCCACCGAACAUGAAUCUGAUCUCGCUGCCCAACGCAAACGCCUGGAGCUACUGGGUCAUCCAGGCAGUGCCGACCGUCGCGCCGGCCCAGCCUCAUCCGAUCCAUUUGCAUGGGCACGACUUUUACGUCCUAGGCGCGGAUUCGGGAAUUUUCAACAACUCACAGACAUUGAAUUAUAAGAACCCUCCCAGGCGCGAUGUUGCCAUGCUGCCGGCGUCAGGGUAUUUGGUUCUCGCAUUCAUAACCGACAAUCCGGGUGCGUGGCUGAUGCAUUGUCACAUUGCGUUCCAUGUAAGUCUCGGUUUCGGGGCGCAGUUCCUCGAGCAGCCGGAUUAUAUCAGGAAUAAACUGCCCAUUGGGCAGGAUUUCAGUAAUCAGUGCGCGAGUUGGAAUAAGUACUAUGCCACUGCCACGUAUCAGCAGGAGGAUUCGGGAUUGUGA